AUGUGCGCUCAACGAUCUCUGCUUUACGCCUCCCGUAGCAACAAAUCGUUCAUUGCACCAUGCCAACAGUCAGCCAGCGUCACUCCUGUCUGCUUCGUUCAACUCGGCUCCGCAUGUAAAUAAUACAUGGGAUUCACCAAAUUCUGGGAACUCCUUCGGUUUUCAGGCUUCGAUGGACAGCUGCUCAAUACCUGGUUUUGCGGAAGAAAAAAUAACUUGGCACGACUGGGGCAAUGGCACGCUAUCGUUCAGUCCCAUUCCGGAUAACCAGUUGCCAGGCUCGACUGGGCACGAGAUGCUCGAUGACUCAAAUGGAUCACAGAUUGAAGAGAACGAUCUUCCGUUCAGGAUUGGUUCAGAGCCCAUGAACCAAGGCAAUGAUGAGCCAACAGGCAAUACACCAGAAAACAUGCCCAGUGGUGAAUCCUCCCGUCAGCUUGUACGUCCCGAUGAUGCUCAUGCAACUGGUCGAUACCAAUGUGUUACCUGCGGAGUCUGCAGAAGUAAUUCAUCGGAUCUCCAGUGGCAUGGGAAUGAUGAACAGCACGACGCUUUUGCUUGCUCUGUACAUGGUUGCAGCCUUACUUUUACAGUUGGCUCAGGCGUGUCAAGGCAUGUGAGGAGGGACCAUCCCGAGAUGAAGUCAUGUCGUCAAUGCGGACAAGGAUUCCCCUUCAUUACGUCACUUAGCGAACACGCAGCGUCUACUGGCCAUGCGGCCUUUGCGUGCACCGUGGAAGGGUGUGAGUCGGCCUUCUCGAGGUUCGACGUUCUACGAAGACAUCAAGAGUCUCACCAAUCCGUCACUGCCCGUUUCCCCUGCAAGUACUGCAAGAGACACCGGGGCGCGGACAGUCUCAAGCGCAGAGAUCACUUGACGCAACAUCUGCGCAACUAUCACCACAUGGGCGUGGAUGAAGUGAGUAGUAAUCAGCGUUCAUGCCCGCAUGACGGGUGUCCUGAAUCAAGGCCUGAUAUCUACGACAUGCCUUAUUGGAAAAGGGAUCACGCUUUCAAAAAAUCCGCCGAAUAUAUCGCGCACAUGAGGAAGGUCCACAAGGAGUCUGACUUUCCCUGCACGGAGCCUGGAUGCAACCGUGGUGGACCAAAAGGCUACUUUCGCGAAAGAGACCUCCUCAAGCACAAGGCCAAGGAGCACGGCAUUCCCAUCGAGUGAAAGCACCUUCUAUGGAAACGCCCGCUCAAUCAUGAGCCGACCAGAAUGCACGCAGGCCGAUCACCAAAUUGGAACCAUCUUCCGCCUUUCCAUCCUUUUAUUCA